UCUGACGGGCACGGCGCACCUCCGCAGCUCGCUGCGCCGGGAGGGCUGCGGGCACCGCGCACCUCCCCACAGGGCACAAUACAGAACUAUGAUAGCAACUGGAGGAGUCAUAACAGGACUGGCUGCCUUAAAAAGGCAAGACUCUGCCAGAUCUCAGCAACAUGUAAAUCUUGCUGGAGUACCAGUUCCUGAGGAGAAGAAACCAGUUAGACGCCGGCCCAGGACAGAUGUAGUAAUUGUCAGGGGCAAAAUCCGUCUCUAUUCUCCAUCGGGAUUCUUUCUUGUUUUGGGAGUGCUUAUUGCAUUCUUUGGAAUUGCAAUGGCCAUCCUUGGCUACUGGCCCCAGAAGGAACAGCUGUUAGCAUCUGAAGACAAUCCAUCUGUAAAUGAAACCCGGACCUCGAGAAGCCAAGGGAGCAUUUUACUUCGCUUCUUUGAACAGCACAUGCACUCAGAUAAGAUGAAAAUGCUGGGCCCUUUCACUAUGGGCAUUGGGAUCUUCAUUUUUAUUUGUGCAAAUGCCAUUCUGCAUGAAAACCGUGACAAAGAAACAAAAAUAAUACACAUGAGAGACAUAUACUCCACUGUAAUAGACAUCCACACCCUGAAGAUCAGGGAACAAAAGCAGCUGAGCGGUGCCUACACUGGCUUGUUGGGGGAAGGAGAGCUCCGGCACAGUGGGAGCUCCUGUGCGUCACAGCUGGCUGCGAACACGGUUGCGCCUUUCUCUGGCUUCAAGAGUAAUCUUAGAAUGGAUAGUUCUGCUGAAGAAGAUGAGAUUACCCUAAAUGAAGAUAGGACCACUAGUAGCCUCCUGCCACCUCUGCUGGCUGAGCAGUCUGGUUCAGUCUUUGGACUUUACCCUCACUCCAGCAAGGCUUCAGAUGACAAAAGCACUAACUCUAUAAAGUGUGAAACAAAAUCCAUUGUAUCUUCUUCCAUUAGUGCUUUCACACUUCCAGUAAUUAAACUGAAUAACUGUGUUAUUGAUGAACCCAGUAUAGACAACAUAACUGAGGACUCAGAGAUCACCAGGGGUCAGUCUAGAAAUCUGUCAAUGGAUUCUCUGGCCAUUCCACUAACUGAUACCAAUGAAUCCUACAGACCGGCCGCCUCCGUGCUGCCACGACACAAUUCAUUUGUGGACACUCCAUCCGAUCCCUUCAAAUCUUCCAUGGCUCUCGGACCAAGCACAGGGAAGCUAUUAUCUCCUGGUGCUGCCAGGAAGCAGUUUGGUUCCAACACAUCUUUGCAUCUUCUGUCUUCACAUUCUAAGUCCCUGGACUUGGACAGAGGUCCGUCUACGCUCACUGUCCAAGCUGAACAAAGGAAACACCCCAGCUGGCCCAGACUGGAUCGGAGCAACAGUAAAGGCUAUAUGAAACUAGAAAACAAGGAGGACCCAAUGGAUAGGUUACUUGUGCCACAAGCAGCAGCCAAGAAAGACUUUACUAAUAAGGAAAAGCUUCUUAUGAUAUCAAGAUCUCAUAAUAAUUUGAGUUUUGAACAUGAUGAGUUUUUGAGUAACAACCUGAAGCGAGGAACUUCUGAAACAAGAUUUUAGUAUUUAAAUUGCAAUUUAGAAGAUGUAAUAUGGUGUUUUUUAAAAAAGCGUUUUGACAAGUGUUUCCUUUUCAGUGAGACUGUACGAGCCUGUUCUUAACCAAAUGCUUAAUAACUCAUUAAAAUUGGCUUGUGCAAACAGAGGUAUUCAUCUUUGUAAUACCAAGUUUCUUGUCUUAGUAACAAUCGGCUGCAAUACUGUACAUUAUCAUUGCUUGGUCAGUUUUGUUAUGACUUACUCCAAUUAUUUCCAAGUCACUAUUUCUUUUGUUCUAUAUACACAUGUUACUUUUCACCUUUUUCAAUUUGACUCAAGGAGACUGCAUUAGGGGAAAAAAGCUCAAUUUACCUGUAAUUUCUCUUGAGUUAAAGACUGCAAGAGACUGAAAGCAGUGGUCUUGUGGUCUAGAAUGGGAAGUGAUCAGGAGCACGUACUGGAAUUGUCAAAUCCAGGCCUUUAUUCCUAGGUGUUGUCUUUCACAUGCAGUACAUCUCAGUAACUGCAGUCUUGCCAUUGUCAUUGUGAGAAACUUGUUUACAUACUGGGGUGGGUGGAUAGAAAAGAGUGGAUAUAAUUAAACCAUUUUUGUGAAUUCACUGUAAUUGAUCAAGCUGAAUACCAGUGUUGUGAAUUAUUAACUAUGCUUUGUACAGUAAUCUUUCUACAUCCAUUGUAAUUUAAUCCUGUAAUUCUGGAAGAGCAUAUAUAAAGUAAGAAAUGUGAAAUUUUUUUCUGGGAUUAAGUCUCUAAACUACUUUGAUUGGCAACAGUUUUAAAAUCAAAAUAGAAAGAUUCAAUUAAAAUCUUAGGAAGAUUAUGAAUGCCAACAGGAUUUUAGAAAUAUGGUGUAUAAUAAGAUGAUACUGUUAACUUGCAUCUGAAGACAAUAAUGGAGAAUGAAUAUAUUGCCUCUCAUUACAAUAACAAGAUGCUAAAUAACUAGAUCUCUGUGUUCAAAAUACUGAUACAAAGCAUACAAUUCAAUAUUCUAACAUAGUAUGAAAGUCCCUUGCCUAAAUUUUGAUUUAUAUAUUUCACAUAAUAAUUGAUGUGAUGGUUUACCGAAGGCUUAGCUGUGUCAAUUUGCAUUACAAGAUUUUGCAAAAGGAGCUGACUUUUCAAACAGUGUUUUUCUCAGCAAAACAGGCUUCACAGUUGACAGUUGUAGGCUAUUGCUAAAGAAAAGGAGAAUUGGGAUGUGCAUAUCAGAAGGUUUUAAUGUAUGUCAUUGCUGUUUAGGCCAUGAUCCUGCCAUUACAGCCACACUAGAGAAUGUCCCUUCAAAGCUGCAAGGCUCACCCAACAGGAUGUUGGUCAUAAUUGGUUGGAUUUGAUAUAUUCACUUACUCUGAAUACUCAGGAAUUAUUUUUAAUGGCUUUUCCCAAAAAGAAUCAAGCUUGUUAAAAUGUUGUAAUUUCUCAAUUACUUAGAUUAUGAAAGAUGGAGGAUAAAAUACAGUCUCUUUUUUUCUUAUUUUUUUUUUAAAUUUAAUAUUUGGCUCUGUAUUUCAACUGCGCGAUGUUUAUGUACCAGGAGCGUUACUUGCUCAGUGAUUUGAGGCAUAGUGUUAACUGUUAGAACCUCAAGACUAUAUAUUGUAACAGAGUUGGCUAAAUAUUUUGCUAUGAAGCU